AUGCAGUACAUGACUGACACUUUACCUUUCUUAUUGAAGUAUCAGAAGGCACGUGAAGGCUCUUCUCAUAAACGUAACGCUCAGAAGGAACUUCUCGAAGUAAUAUCACAUCGGUUGCAUGUAGACAAUAGUAUAGAAUUCAUCGGGAAGUUGUUGUUCGGUUCUAAGCAAGGGUCAGAAGUGCUGAAAACUGUUCGCCCUGCAGGCCAGCCUUUAGUGGAUGAUUGGUCCUGCCUCAAAUCGAUGGUGAGGACUUUUGAAGCACACUGUGGAUCUCUAUCUCAGUAUGGGAUGAAACAUAUGCGGUCUCUAGCAAACAUCUGCAAUGCCGGUAUCAGCAAGGAGAUGAUGGCUGAGGUGUCUGCUGAAGCUUGCAUUAGCAUUCCUGCCGGUCGGUGGAGUUCUCUCCAGAAGGGAUUCAGUGCCUGA